GGGAGAGCAAGCAGUGAGGAGAACAGGGAGGAAAGCAGGAAGAAGAGCAGGCAGGGAGGAAAACAGGGGGGAGAGCAGGCAGGGGCAGCCCCAGCAGCCUGACGCCGGGGGGGACCAACUCACCCACUCCAAUUUUCAUGCCCAAACAAGCCUCAAACUGUCGCUCUUCGGCGCAGGGCUCUGGCAGCCCCGAGGGCAGGACGGUUUCCCCGACAGCUCCGGGCACACGAGGUGCCUCCAGCUUGGCCCUUGCCAAGGACCCGGCAGCUUAAUGACACGUAUCUCCUCCCACCGCGUUUAAUUCUUGCUCAGAGUGCCAACUAAUUGCUCUCCUGGGCCGGCUUUGGUGCUUCCCAACGAGGUGUGAUUUGUGGGAGCCCGCUGGUCCCUGGGGGCUUGGGGUGUUGGAGCCUCCUCUCCCUGCCCUGCCCCCAGGGGAUCUCCCAGAUCCGUGUUGCUCCUUGUCGUUGGCAUCUCCUAGAAGGUUGUUUGGAGACUGCAAGAGGUUUGGGCCCUGGUUCCAUGGCAGAGUUCCCAAAGACACCCCCCAAAAAACUGCACGUGGAUGAAUGGUGAAUACAUAUUAACAAUUACACACACACACACGUGUUCUAUGGAUCUUCAUUUUUUUUUUCUUCCUGGCUGAAUAGCUCAGUGAUGGGGCUCUAAAAUAAACACCCCCCCCAAGUCACCCUCAGGAAACCAGAGCAAGGUCAGUCCCUUGGUUCCAGGUGCCACCACCGUGUCCCCAGCCAAGGGGCUUUCACUCUGCAGUGGUAAACGGGGCUAAUUGGGAAACUGCAAAUGCAAAUUUCCCAAUGCAAAUUCUCCCCCCAAACCCAGCAGAGCCCCUGCCAGUGGAGAGGAGCUCUCAGGUUCCCUCACCAGUGGAGCUGCUCUGUUUUUUUUUCCUUUACUGGUGUCCCCAGCAGUAACUGGGCUGGGCUCGGUGGCCUUUGACCAGCUGUGCCUUUCGUAACGUCCCUGCAAUCAAAUCUCAUAGGUACAAUUUUCCUAACUAGCUCAGUGGCCUCUCAGCAUUCCUGGAAGCAGAGCAACCCCCCAGGCCACCCUGCAGCAUGCACUGAGUUUGCAGUUCUCUGCUCAGGCUGUGUCCUGGCAGGGGCAAGGGGGGAGUUGUUGGGUCACAGGACCCAUCAACCCACCUUUGGGUUUCCACCACCUCCCAUCCUCGGUGCUGCUGAGCUCCAGGGAGGGGGACAGGGUGGUACAGGGGGGCCCCGUGCCCCUACUUGCCUCCUGCACAUAUUUUCCAGGCCGCAGCCGUGUCCCCAGCCCCGUGUGCCAGCAGCUCCCGGGGACGAUGAGCUCGGUCAGAGCUGAGAGCCAGCGGGGCCCGGGGCCCGGAGGAGCCGUCGGGGUUCGGUGCCGCGGCUGAGGCCGGAUUGCCGGGCUGUACCGAACCACCCCGGCCGCUCCCGGACCAGGCGGAUGGAAAGCUGCAGCCCGGCAGGGAGCCCCGCUGGCCGGCUGUCGCCAUCCCGGUCCCUAUGCCCCAGCCCUAUGCCGGAACGGGCCCCCAGCCCGGCCCAGCCGCCCACCGACCAUGAAGUGCUCCUUGCGCUUCUGCUUCCUCUCGACCGCUUUCCUCCUCGUCUUCGUCAUGUCCCUCCUCUUCACCUACUCCCACCACAGUAUCGCCUACCUGGAUCCCGGCGGGCUGGGUGGGAUCCACCGGGUGAAGCUGGUGCCCGGUUACGCCGGGAUGCAGCGGCUCAGCAAGUGGGGGCCGUACCCCCGGGGCUGCUCCUGCCGCCGCUGCCCCCCCCAGGACGCUGCCGCUGCCGGCUGGUUUGACGGGCGCUACGACGGCGCCGUCUCCCCGGUGUGGACCAAGGACAACAUGGACCUGCCGCCCGACGUCCAGCGGUGGUGGAUGAUGCUGCAGCCCCAGUUCAAGUCCCACAACACUCACGAGGUCCUGAGCAAGCUGUUCCAGAUCGUGCCGGGCGAGGAUCCCUACCGCUCCCGCGACCCGCGCCGCUGCCGCCGCUGCGCCGUGGUCGGCAACUCGGGCAACCUGCGCGGCUCCGGCUACGGGCCGGAGAUUGACGGGCACGACUUCAUCAUGCGGAUGAACCAGGCCCCUACGGUGGGUUUUGAGGGUGACGUGGGCGGCCGGACCACACACCACUUCAUGUACCCUGAGAGUGCCAAGAACCUGCCCGCCAACGUCAGCUUUGUGCUGGUGCCCUUCAAAACCCUGGACCUGCUCUGGAUCGCCAGUGCCCUCUCCACUGGCCAGAUCAGGUUCACGUACGCACCUGUGAAGCCUUUUCUGCGGGUGGACAAAGAAAAGGUGCAGAUCUACAAUCCUGCCUUCUUCAAGUACAUCCACGACCGCUGGACGGAGCACCACGGGCGCUACCCCUCCACCGGGAUGCUGGUGCUCUUCUUCGCCCUCCACGUCUGCGACGAGGUGAACGUCUUCGGCUUCGGUGCCGACAGCCGGGGCAACUGGCACCACUACUGGGAGAACAACCGCUACGCCGGGGAGUUCAGGAAGACGGGGGUACACGACGCCGACUUCGAGGCACACAUCAUCGACAUGUUGGCCAAAACCAGCAAGAUCGAGGUGUACCGGGGGAGCUGAGCUGCUGCCCCUGCUCCAGCUCCCUCCCCUCCACCGGGCCCGGCUGCCUGCGGGGCUCCCCGGCAGCCCCAGGAGGGCAGCACCACCCAGUGCCACCCCCGGCCAGAUUUGGUGCCUCCAAGCAGCCAAUCAGGUUCAGAGCUAAAGGAGACUUUUUUUUCCUUCUUCUUCUUCUUCUUUUUUUUUUUUAAAUAUUAUUAUAAUUAUUCUUAAUUAUUACGAAGCAACCCAGCUGAGGAAGGAUUUGUAAACACAAUCAGCGCCGGAGCGGGCGGCGGGGGCGGCCGCCUGGUGUCUCUUUACAGUCAAACCAAAUGCUGCUCUUUUUAAACCAAGACAAAAAGAAAAGAAAACAAAACAGCCCCCCGGAGCUGGGUGACUUUGGGGAGCAUCAUGGGCCGGGCCCAGGGCUCAGCUCCUCCCUCCCCGGCAGCACAGCCUGACCAGUGGAACCAGCUGCUUCUUUCUUCCUUUCUGUUUGGUGUGUUUCACCCACCCGGGCUGCUGUGGCUCCCCUGGGAAGGCUCCUGGCACACAGGAAGGUUCCCGGCGGGGUGGGAAAUGUGUGGACCCAUCACCUGGAGGUGGAACCAGCAGCCUUGGAAAGCCCAUCAUCACUGCUGCUCUGUUGCCAGCACAGCCGGGCUGGACGAUGGAGAGGAGCCCUCAGCUUUGGGGCCAGGUGUCCUUCCUCCUCCUCCUCCUCUUCCUCCUCCACGGGUAGGAUGGAUUUUUGGGAGAUACCAGGCAAAAGGCAGCUAAGGAACCUGGAGAAGUGCAGCCCAGUCCCUCCAUCCCUGGGUCCAGAGGGAAGACAGAUCACAGGAUGUUUGGAGUUGGAAGGGACCUUGGAAGUACAUCUGAAUCCCAACUCCCCUGCAUGGGCAGGGACGAUGAGAUUUCCCUUUGCUUUCAGGCUGGGAAAAACCAGAUGUAGAGGUAGCUUUAGUGGGUGAACGACCCCCCGUGCUUUUGCUUUUGUAAAGAGACAGCUCUGGUGAGAAGCUGAAAUCCCAAAGUCUUUGUUCCGCUGGGUGAGCACCACCCGGUGCCCCCCGGGGUGAUGCAGGAGGAGCUGCCUCCCCAGAGGUGUCACUCAAACCACUUUCUUUGGGUCAAUCAGGCGGGUGGGAUGAGGUGUUUUUUGUUGUUGUUGUUGUUGUUCUUUAGGAGAUGCUGGAAAGCUCAAGAAAAAGGCAAUCAUGGAAAAGGUCCCCAGAGAGGGGGCCCCACAGUGCCCAGGCUGGAGCAGGGGCUGCAGGGGAAGCUCUGCCCACAGCACCUGCCUGUAAGGAACAAUCACCAUAGGGGGGGGUUAUUUUUUGGGCUUGGAAGUUUGGGUUUUUACCCUUUUCUACCUGGCUUUUCUGUAGCAGCCUCUUACCUGUUGCUCUGCUUCAGUCUGGUUGUUUUCCAGGGUUUUCUUUCUCUUUUGUGUUUGGUUUUCUUGAGGUUUCUCUCUGCAAUCAUGAAACGUGAGGGUUUGGCUUACCAGGAGCAGGCCCUGAGCAUCCCCUGGGCUGGGGAAAUGAAUCUUUUCUGUCCCCCAGGGCUUGACACCCCCAAGUUUCACCUGGGGGGGGGUUUUGGCAGAAGCAGUGCUGUGCCAGCAUGAGCAGCCCACCCACACCCUGUGACACCCCCACCCCCCCCCCCCAAACCCUGGGACGUGGAGGCAGGUUGCAGCAAACCCCUGGUUUCCAUGGGUUGGGGGGUUUUUUGGUGUUGUGUUUUGUUUUUUUUAGGGGAAGCAAAAUCCAAAUCACAAAACCACGUGCAACAAUGAGUGCCUUGACCACCUCCUGUCAGCUACGCCGGGCUGUGCCCGCUCCGGGGGGCUUGGCUGGUUGCUGGGGCUGUCGUACCUGCUUCCCUCCUUGUGCUGGGCUGGAUCUGAGCUGGGAAGUGCUGCUGGGGCAGACAGGGACACAUCCACAGACAGCAGGGAGGCCUCAUCCAGCUCCUGUCCUGCCUGAGCAGAACUAGGCCAGACAAUCAGAGGGUGAGCAGAGAUGCCAGGUACCAAACCCUGGCACCAAUCCCGCCGGCAAAGGUCACGCUUGCUGCCCUGACAGUAUUGUUUGUUUUUUUUUUGGCUAACUUCCUUCCCCUUUGGUUUGUUUUUGUUGUUUGUUUUGGGUUGGGUGUUUUGGGUUUUUUUAAAAAUAAUAAUUAUUAUUAAUUAUUAUUUUUUAUUUAAGCUGUCCCACUAGGACUUGUGACCACUCGUGCUCCUCUGGCCACGCGCACGAGGAACGCGCUGGCGGGGGGGGGGGGCCACACUGAGCACCACUCUCCUGUAGAUAGAGGAGAUGUAGGCAGAGGGUCCAGGCAGAGGGGGUGGGCAGGGAAGAAGCACCCAAGCCCACCCACCUGGCAGGGGUGGUCCUCACGAGGUGCCUGAUGGAGCACCCAUCACCUCCCAUCCCACCCCAAGGGCUGGGAGCCGGCGGGUGGCUUCGCCCGUAGCCUCUGUGCACGUGGGGACUUCUGCACACAACUGUCUUAAAACAACUCUCUUUUUGGUUGGUUUGUUUGUUUUUUUUUUUAAAAAGUCAAUAAAAAACCAUGCAUCAGA